GUUGGGUUUAUACAUUUGUCCUCUACCCUCAAUCACCAGUCUUAACUAUGGCAUUCCCAGCUAGACAUACCAACAACUACCAGAGUGAAUUGACCCUGCAGCAAGUUUCGCAGAGAACCUUGUCUACAUCUCCUACUUCUUUCCAUUCCCCGCCAUCCAGUUAUGGGGCUUCUGCCUUGACCGGCGGCGCAAUUUCACUCGCCAAUGCAAAGCAUUUGAAGCCGUUUGCUACGGAGGAUAUCAAAGUUUUGCUUUUGGAAAAUGUAAACCAGACCGGUAGAGAUAUUCUUUCGAACCAAGGCUACCAAGUGGAGUUCCUGAAAUCGUCUCUUCCAGAGGACCAACUCAUUGAAAAGAUCCGAGAUGUACAUGUCAUCGGUAUUCGCUCGAAGACAAAACUGACAGCUCGUGUGCUGAAGGAGGCACGAAAUCUCAUAGUUGUGGGCUGCUUCUGUAUUGGGACCAAUCAGGUGGACCUUCAAUACGCCGCUGACCAUGGCAUUGCUGUUUUUAACUCACCAUUCAGCAAUUCUCGCAGCGUUGCUGAAUUGGUUAUAGCCGAGAUAAUUGCCCUGGCGCGACAGUUGUGUGAUCGUUCAAAUGAGUUGCACAAUGGUACAUGGAAUAAAGUGAGCAGCAAAUGCUGGGAGAUCCGAGGAAAGACUUUGGGAAUCAUCGGAUACGGUCACAUAGGCUCCCAACUGUCAGUCCUGGCAGAAGCUAUGGGCAUGUCUGUUAUUUUCUAUGAUGUAGUAAAUCUUAUGGCCAUGGGAACCUCUCGUCAAGUACCGACUUUGCAAGCUUUACUCGAGGAAUCAGAUUUCGUGACCUGCCAUGUUCCCGAACUUCCAGAAACAAAACGUAUGAUAGGGCAACAGCAAUUGGAACAGAUGAAAAAAGGAAGCUAUUUGAUAAAUGCGAGCCGGGGAAGCGUCGUGGAUAUCCCAGCGCUCAUCCAUGCUAUGCGGUCCGGCAAGAUCGCAGGUGCUGCACUAGAUGUGUACCCAAACGAACCUGCCGGGAAUGGCGAUUAUUUCAAUGAUAGCUUAAAUCCUUGGGCGUCGGAUUUGCGCAGUCUCAAGAACCUGAUAUUGACCCCUCAUAUUGGGGGUAGCACUGAAGAGGCACAGAGUGCUAUUGGCAUUGAAGUGGGCCAAAAUCUGGUGAGAUACGUAAAUGAAGGUAUAACUUUAGGCGCCGUCAACCUGCCCGAGGUAAACCUUCGUUCCCUGACCAUGGAUGAACCUGAUCACGCGCGCGUAAUUUUCAUUCAUCGAAAUGUUCCUGGAGUUCUGCGGAAAGUGAACGAGAUUCUUGGAGACCAUAACGUCGAUAAGCAAAUGACGGAUAGCAGAGGUGAUGUGGCCUACCUCAUGGCCGAUGUAAGCAGCGUCGAUACAAGUAUGAUUAAAGACUUGUAUGAGAGACUCGAGAGCCUUUCGUCUCGUAUCAUGACUCGAAUUCUGUACUGAACGUGAGGAGGGAAAGAGACCAAAUGCUGCUUUCUACAAGCAGAUUAUUACAUGGUCUCAGGGCACCGUAUAGCUGGAACACAGAACAUGUGUACGGGCAAGAACCGUGUCUUCUCUCAAAAGAUUUGCAAUUCAGAGAUGAGAGCAAGAUCUCAUCGCACUGUGCCGUACAUAUGCAAGACUCAACUUCUUGGAAAAAAUGAAAUUG